CAUUUCCACAGCUCAAACUCCUUCCGGGGGUGUGAGGGAGAUGUCGGAGAGGCGAAGGGAGAGGGAGAAGCUUCGGGACCGCGACCGAGAGAGGGACAGAGAUCGCGACCGAGAGAGAGAUCGAAACCGAGAUCGAGAUAGGGAACGGAAUAGAGAUCGAGACCACCGGAAGCGGUCGCGAUCCAGGUCCCUGUCGAGGUCCCGCUCCCGUUCGGCCGAGCGCCACCGCCGCCGCCACCACCGCCGCUCACCUUCCCCAGACACCCACCGCCACAAGCGCCGUAGGGAGAGCAGCGAUGACGAUCGCGACCGCCGCCGCUCCUCCGCCUCGGAACACGCCGAAGGCGGCCCUAAGGAGAAGCAGGCGGGCAACGAUCAAAGGGGUGGAGAGGCAGCAGCGCCGACGGACGCGGAUCCCAACGAGGUGGAGAUGAUGAAGAUGCUAGGGAUCCCGCUAGGGUUUGAUUCCACCAAAGGGAAGCCGGUGGCAGGCAACGACGUGAGUGGGGUGAGGGUGGUGACUAAGCGGCAACCGAGGCAGUACAUGAAUAGGAGGGGAGGGUUUAAUCGGCCCUUGCCCCCGGAGCCGAACCGCUAAAAUCUGAUACCCGGCCGAAAAGAUUCUGAAAUCAAGCUGUUGAGUUGGGAAAAGUUGCAAGUCUUCAUUUUCUGAAUUUGAUCCAGGGAUGUGGUCAGUCAUGAUUGUGUGAUAUCAUCUUCUAUCCAUUAUAUAUAUUAUAACAUUUAAGCCUUGCCUUAGUGUUAUUACUUGUUGAAACAUUUAUAGGAUGCUAGAUUAAGAGUUUUGCUUUGUUUCAUCUUCUGCCCUCUGCCUCUCAUGACUGCAGAUGUGUUCAAAUCAGUCUUACCUAUUGGACAAGAUGCCCGCUGUUUCAUAUAUUUUGGUGAGUCCUAAGAAAUUGUUGGUGCGGCUUUAUCUUUAUUUUUGAAUGCUGACAUUUUGCUUGUUAUUCCGAUCCGUUGCACAAGAACCCAGCCCUAAAGAGGUAAGAAGCUGACACCCACCCAUUGUCAUUUACUCAGUAAUCAUCAGGUGCAGUGGAAAUAUCUGGGAUUUCUGCAAUUCAAGAAAAUAGCACUGUUAAAGUUCCUGCCUAUUUCAUGACAUGUUCAUUGAUGAAAAUUUUAGUAUCUUUCUUGUCUAACCUAAUGCCAACUUUUAGGAAAUGAUGUAUCGGAACUCAGCAUAAUAUUUCUCUGACAUACAGCACAUCAUUUUCAAACUUAACAUGUAUAUGUCUCCGCUUGUCUUGUGCAGAACUUUUUCUUUUUCAUUUUCGUGCAUGGCGUAGGAAGUUUCUAUAUUAUAGAAAAUAAUCCUUUUUCAGAUCCUGUGUGAUUGAGGGAACCAUGUCAAAUUCUUUUUGUUUUCAAGAAAGGAGUUUUUAGUGUUAAUUUAUCUGAAUUGUGUUUCAAUUUUGUUUGUAGAUGUAAUUUGGAGAACUUUCAUGCCUUUGUUGCACUUUAAGAAUUGUACCGAUCUCAUCUUCUUUUGAACUCCAUUUCCACCAUUUUUUUUCUGCUGUUCUUUUUUACCUGUUUGAUCAUCGAAGAUCUCGGGUUGGCAUCCCGACAAACACCUAUUGGGCUCGGGG